UUUUAUUUCAAAAUUAUGUCACUAUUAUUCCAGAUUGAGAGUCUUGAUAUCAAUGACAUUAAGCUCAGUCAACGUCAGUCUGCAUCCCGUGAUCUCGCUCAGUUCAUUUGUAAGAUGCCUCAUCUCAGGGAACUUCAUCUCGGUGAUGCAUUCAGAAACAUCAGUCCCUCGUUUCAUGACGAGUUCUAUUCAACGUUGUCAUCAUUAGCGUCGUCUGCAAAGAUUGAGCAUCUUGAUAUCGAGUACAUUGAUCUCAGUCAACGUCAGUCUGCAUCACGUGAUCUGGCUCAGUUCAUUUGUAAGAUGCCUCAUCUCAGGGAACUUCAUCUCGGGGAUAGAUAUGGAACCACCAGUCCCUCACUUCAUGAAGAGUUCUAUUCAACGUUAUCAUCCUUAGCAUCGUCUGCCAAGAUUGAGCGUCUUAAUAUCAAGUACAUUGAUCUCAGUCAACGUCAGUCUACAUCACGUGAUCUGGCUCAGUUCAUUUGUAAGAUGCCUCAUCUCAGGGAACUUCAUCUCGGGGAUAGAUAUGGAACCACCAGUCCCUCACUUCAUGAAGAGUUCUAUUCAACGUUAUCAUCCUUAGCAUCGUCUGCCAAGAUUGAGUGUCUUGACAUCCAUUACAUUAAUCUCAGUCAACGUCGGUCUGCAUCGCGUGAUCUGGCUCAGUUCAUUUGUAAGAUGCCCCAUCUCAGGGAACUUUGUCUAGGUGAUGAAAACUACAGAACCACAUUUCAUGACGAGUUCUAUUCAACGUUAUCAUCCUUGGCAUCGUCUGCAAAGAUUGAGAUUCUUCAUCACAGAGAGAAUCUCAGUGAAUAUCCGUCUGCAUCACGUGAUCUCGCUCAAUUCAUCUGUAAGAUGAAUCAUCUGAAGAACCUCACACUCUACGGUCUGUAUCAUGAUGACUUCUACUCAACAUCAUCAUCGAUGGCAUCAUCUGCAAAGAUUGAGAUUCUUCAUCACGUGAAUGAUCUCAGUAAAUGUCCGUCUGCAUCACGUGAUCUCGCUCAAUUCAUCUGUAAGAUGAAUCAUCUGAAUAGCCUCACACUCUACGGUCUGUAUCAUGAUGACUUCUACUCAACAUCAUCAUCGAUGGCAUCAUCUGCAAAGAUUGAGAUUCUUGAUCACAAUGAGAAUCUCAGUGAACGUCCGUCUGCAUCACGUGAUUUCGCUCAGUUCAUCUGUAAGAUGAAUCAUCUGAAGAACCUCACACUCUUCGGUCAGUAUCAUGAUGACUUCUACUCAACAUCAUCGUCGAUGGCAUCAACUACCAAGAUUGAGAUUCUUGAUCACAAUGAGAAUCUCAGUGAACGUCCGUCUGCAUCACGUGAUCUCGCUCAGUUCAUCUGUAAGAUGAAUCAUCUGAAGAACCUCACACUCUACUACGGUCAGUAUCAUGAUGACUUCUACUCAACAGCAUCGUCGAUGGCAUCAACUACAAAGAUUGAGAUUCUUCAUCACAAUGAGAAUCUCAGUGAACGUCCGUCUGCAUCACGUGAUCUCGCUCAGUUCAUCUGUAAGAUGAAUCAUCUGAAGAACCUCACACUCUGCGGUCAGUAUCAUGAUGACUUCUACUCAACAGCAUCGUCGAUGGCAUCAACUAUAAAGGAUGACUGCAACACGAGCUCAAAUGUGACUGAUCUGACCGUUACUGAUUAUACACUAGAAGAAUGGCAGGAUUGUGGAUCGAUGUUUGACAAUGUGAAGACGAUUGCCAUACAGGUGCGGUACACGAUCAGAUGUGACGUCAUCCACAGGAUCCAUCUACCAGCAGCGACAGAGCUCAUCAUUCAAACACAUGAGCGUGCGUAUUACCCGGCUCCUCUCCACGAUGAUCACACCUCACUACCCAAUGCACUUCACAAGGUCUCAUCUCAGCUUGUCAAGGUCACAUUCACAGAUCUCGACAUUGGUAACAAUAAGAUAAGAGGCAUCAUUCAAGCUUUCAGAUCAUCGGACGACCUCAAACAUCUGAGGACCCUAAGAUUCAUACGAUGUGGGACUGAUGAGAGAUUAGAUCGUUCUAGUAUUGAUUCCGAUGAUGAACAUAAGGUAAAGGUGGAGAUAGAACAUGGCAAACCAGUUGGUGAGAACUUUUGGAGUUGAAGUUGCGGCAUCAAGGUCAUGACGAAUCAGACGAGCUUAAUAUUCAAGGAUGGCAGCCAACAAGAAGCCAUGAGUUAUUUUAUUUCGGAGUACCAUAAUUGGAACAGAUUUACUGAUAAUGAAGAUCCCACACCUCAACCAUUUGUUAAUGUGUCGGUUAAAUAAUGGACCUAUUAGACAUUCAACGCUAUCAUUUCUUUGAUCGAACGAGAUCCGCCGCCCAAUGAUAAUGUGCAUCUUAAUGAGAACAUACAGGUAUUUUGACAAUGGCGACUACCAUGGCGUAUAUCUCAUUAUUGUCAAAGCACAACUUUACUGGUUUUAGUUAUGUUGGCUGAUGCCCUGUGUUAGAGAAUGCUUUUCAGUCAACAUGCUUUAGAUUUGAAGCAGCAAAAUUAGGAAGCAGCCGAUUUUUCUGAAUAAAUUAUAUUAUCAUUUUAUCCGCUGACUUCCGGACGCACAUAAUGACCUCAAUCAAAUUAAGAGAUAAACGCUCUCUACAAAAUAUGAGCCAUGCAUAAUCUUGCACAUUAGGAUAAAAAAGGGAUUAUAAAUAUAAGGCAAUCAAUCACAAUAUUGCAUCUACAUGUAUCUUGAAAUAUGCACAGGGUAAACCAGAACUGUACAUUUAUGUUUUUAUUAUUUAAGUGACCUUUCAUCUUCUGCGCAUGCAGUUUGUGCAAUAUCAAUGUCUUAUCACGAACUGCUUCUUUCACCUCAAGGCUGAAUUGACGGCGGAACAUGGUAGGAUGAAAGUAGAAAACAUAUAAACCGAAUGAAAUUCAGCAACAUUGGCCACGGAAUGAUUUUGUUAGGGGGUUGAAGCCCGCCCCUCCCCCACCGCCCCCGCUUACGCGGACCCUGCAUAAUACUCAUGGGGGGGGUAUGCGCAUUCUGGUCGUUAUGCAAAUGAAGAAUUAAUACAGUAACCGACUCAUUAUUCCUGUUGUGUUUCAUUAUCAAGUAUUCCUGUAUGCUAUGUGCCAUUGUUGCAAUCUAUGGUGAUUCAGUGACAAUUGAUAUCCUUAUGUAAAAAGUCCAUGCAUUGGAUAAUACUGCAUGGAUGUAUAACUGUAUUGUGGAUAUAAGCGAGAUUCUUUAAAAAGUGUAUAAGCUAUUAAACUUUUAUAGAUUACUGAAGCGACGACGUCGGUUGCCAUGGUGACAUGGCGGCCUGGUUCUAAACAAGUGAACCCGGAAGUAUUGCAAACUGCUCAUAUCACAAAGCACGUGUUUCUCAG